CCUGAGCCAGAAAAGCCCAUCUGGAGUCUGAAGACCAAUCAGAGCGCUUAUCUAACGUCACCAUCCCGUCUCUCCGACACUCCUUUACCACAGUCCCUCGAGUCUCACUCUCUUCCUCCUGCCUCCGACAGGAAGAUGGUACCGUGCACAGAGCGUCCUGCACGCGGACCGAAGGCGUCACUGACCGACUCUCUGCGGGACUUUUAAACUCAUCAUGCCGUGUUACUCUAGGGUUCUGCUUUUACUUUUGUGUUUGAUCCUGAUCGGGGAGUGCAGGAAACAGAAAAGUAGGAAAAAGCGGUGGUCCGCACCGACGGAGACUCACAAGGCAGGCAGUCCUCUGUCAAAGAAGGCUGUGGAUGGAACCAAAACCCGAAAGGUGAAGACGACACACCUUCUGCGCAUCGACGAGCAUGACUUCACCAUGAGGCCCGCCUUUGCAGGUCCAGCUGUCCCUGUUGGAGUGGAUGUUCAGGUGGAGAGCUUGGACAGCAUAUCAGAAGUAGACAUGGACUUCACCAUGACCCUGUAUCUGAGGCACUACUGGAAGGACGAGAGGCUUGCCUUCCCAAGCUCCACCAACAAGAGCAUGACCUUUGAUGGGCGCCUGGUGAAGAAAAUCUGGGUGCCUGAUGUGUUCUUCGUGCACUCCAAGAGGUCUUUUAUCCACGACACUACUACUGACAACAUCAUGCUGCGGGUCUUCCCCGACGGUCACGUCCUGUACAGCCUUAGGGUUACAGUUACUGCAGCCUGCAACAUGGAUUUCAGUCGUUUCCCUUUGGACUCACAGACAUGCACACUGGAGCUGGAGAGCUAUGCUUACACAGAUGAAGACCUGAUGUUGUAUUGGAAAAGCGGUGAUGAGUCCCUGAGCACAGAUGACAGGAUUUCGCUGUCUCAGUUCCUCAUCCAGAAGUUUCACACUACCUCCAGACUGGCUUUCUACAGCAGCACAGGCUGGUAUAACCGUCUGUACAUCAACUUCACUCUGCGGCGUCACAUCUUCUUUUUCCUGCUGCAGACCUACUUCCCUGCCACUCUGAUGGUCAUGCUGUCCUGGGUAUCCUUCUGGAUCGACCGCAGGGCAGUCCCUGCAAGAGUCUCAUUAGGUAUAACCACAGUGCUCACCAUGUCCACCAUUAUCACUGGAGUCAACGCCUCCAUGCCCAGGGUUUCCUACAUAAAGGCUGUGGAUAUUUACCUCUGGGUCAGUUUUGUCUUUGUCUUCCUGUCUGUGCUUGAAUACGCUGCUGUCAACUACCUGACGACUGUGAGGGAUGGUAAAGACCGCAAGCUCAGAGAAAAGAUCAGGGAGCAGUCUCAGACAAUCCCCUGCACCUGUGGCAUGUCCCACACCAGAACCAUGAUGCUGGACGGGACAUACAGUGAGGCAGACGCCAACAGUCUGGCAGGGUACACAAGGGCCUCCAUGGUGGCUGAGGAUGCGUCAGAAAAACAGGAGCGGAUGGUGGUGCAUCUCUCUCUGGACAACGAGCCCACAGGGACUAAGAAGAAGGGCAUCCGCGGCUUCCGUAUCAUCCAGAACACCCAUGCCAUCGACACCUACUCCCGCAUGAUCUUCCCUGGCGCCUACAUCCUUUUUAACCUAAUCUACUGGUGUGUGUACUGCUGAGUGUGUGUGGGUUUUAGCUUAACUCUAGCAGUAACAGAAUAAACUGCGAAACCUUAACAUUGACCUUAAAGAGAGAGAUAGUUGUUUCCAUUCUGCACAUUCAGAUGGAGCAACAGGUUUGGCUGGAUGGCUUUAGAAUAUCAGAGGACAUCUGUGUGUGAAUAUCCCCAACUCUGGUUCACAUAUCACCGCUCCACUGGACCACUUAUAGAGCUUCUCCUUCUUAACAUAAUUAUAUCACACGCUCACACUUACCCGAUCAUACUCCAACAGCCUUGUGGGUCUGGUUGCACAAGGUUUGUUUUUAGACUAGUCUAAUGCCAGUUGGACAGAAAUCACAGUUGACUCUGCAACUCUGCCUAGGGACUACUAUCAAUAUGCCCACCCCAAAACAGAGGUGACUGCCUACCAGAGUUCACAAUGUUUUCAAGCUUUUGAUUGUUUCUUCAAGCAGGGGAAAUAGCUGUCAGUGAACACAACACCAGACCUACUUCAUUUGAUUUGCUAAAAUAAUUGAGAUGCCAGUGGCAAUUCACAGGUUUGGAACAAAGCUACAUAAAAUCUACACAACCCUGGACAUCAUGUCAUAAUAUAAAGUUGGUUUUGGCUAAUGUGUUAGCAAUAAGUUGCCUAUUUACACAUCCAGUAGACUUAGAUCAACAUUAGCUUUCAUUCAGUUUCUGGCGACAUGACCUAUGUUACUCAAAAUGUUAUCUCUCCUAUUAUCUCUGUUUUGGUCUCCACCAACUCCUGAGAACAAGAUCUGGCCUUUAGCUGCUAAAUUCUCCACUACAUUCACCAGAUUGCUAACCUAUUCUCUCUGUUGUUUGGAUCUUGGCAUGGUUAUAGAAUGGUCAUGGUUAAUAUAGAAAAUAUUGACUGGCAGAGCUUUCAGAUUGUCAAGAAAGCAUUGCACAAUUGAAUUUAUUGUUGUCUAUCUGAAACUGGACUGUUAGAUCUGAGCCACAGUCAAAUCUUUGUGCAACCAACCCUGCCUAGAAUUCCCUAAAUCACACUUUCUUCUCUAAAGCUCUCUAUCUUAAUGAUCAAACUAUCAUAAGAACAAUUAAUUUGGCUACUAUUGCACAUUGAGUCACAUUAAUAAAUAAGUGAGCUAAAUAUCAGGCUUUCUUCCCUUAACAGUGGACUGACUACAGUGUCAACAUUUCAGUUAAUGCCAACAUACUGUUUGCAUUAACCAGAUUGAAGCAACCCAUAAAGCCAGGGAACAGGAUCUUACUACUUUAUCGGUUUUACAGCACCAUACACUACAGUUGCUGAGCAAAGUCUUUAUCUAAUUAUGUAAUUAUGGGCUUUUUCAUUCACUGUUUUUUUAAUUUUAUUUAUUUAUUUGUUUUUAGUGCAGCAAUAGAUCCAUGUGCCAUAAUUUGGCGAUGACCCACGGAACAGAAACUGCUUGACACUUGCUGCAGACGUGCAAUAUUGUAUCUUUCUAGUGAACAUAGAAAGCUGUACCAGUGAUGUAACCGACUUGACCGCCUUAAGUGAACAUUUUUUAUAUACCAACAUAGUUUAAUGGCUGUAUUGCCAUUGUUUUCAUUUGUUUCAUGUACCAUGACCAUAGUUAUAUUGGGGUUGUCUAAGCUGUAUUGCAUCCCCUUUAGCAUUUAACCUUCAGGAAAAUAGCUUGAUGAGUAAAUAGUAAGUUAAAAGCUAUUCCUAGGUUGGCCACUCAUAUGUCUGCAAUUCAAAUUUAAAGUUAGAUGAGAAAGUUGAUAUAAAUUUCAAGUCUGUGCACAUUAAGAACAGAGUUGGACCCAGGUGCUUUUUAUUUCUUUAUUCAUGUAUUGUUUUGAUGGUGUUUAUCAUUUUGGAAUGGACUCUUAUAUGGACUUAUAACAACAAGUCAGAUAGUUUCUCAGUGGAAAAUACAAGAUGACUAGCACACUUGAAGAUCCAUCAGCUUCCAAAACAACAUCACUCUACCUUUGUCUUCAGAAAAUGUUCAGAAUGUAAUGCUUUCAGGGCAAAUUUUAUAAAUAAAGUCUUUCUAUCACACAUUUAA